AUGUCGUGUGAAUCAAACAAUGCUGUUUCAUACUAUGUUCGUUCUUGGUUAACAUUCAUGGUGACAACGGCUUUAUUUGGAAGCCGGGUACGCGCGAAACGACGUCACGUGUCCAAAUCGAGUUGCAGCUGUACACGGACAACGAAAGUUUCCCUGCGAGUAUACCAUGAGGCGAAUCAAAUCGAACAAACACUGAAGAGUGAACUCACUAGUUCACACAGCAUAUGGAUCAUAGUAUGA